AGGAGACUAGAAAUGGGAACUUCUUCUAAAGCUUUUUUGUUAAUUUCUGUCGUCUACAGCCUCUUAUUAAUAGCCUCAAAUGGCUCCGUUUUUAACCAGUUCCGGGCAAUCAUUAGUUUUGGGGACUCACUUGCCGACACCGGAAACUUAGUCCGUCUUCUCGCACCCGCCGGCGGGAUAAUCCCAUCUAAUAUCCCGCCUUACGGCGAAACCUACUUUCAUCACCCCACCGGUCGCUUCUCUGAUGGCCGUCUCAUCAUUGAUUUUAUAGCUCAGAGCAUGGGAUUGCCGCUUCUUCCGCCGUACGUGGCGGUGGAAAACCGUCACAGAAGCGGACAUUUCAAUGGAAGUGUGAAUUUUGCGGUGGCCGGAUGUACGGCGCUAGAUGUUUCAUAUUUUUCGAAAAGAGGGUUCAAUAAUCCCAUCUCUAAUGUCUCAUUAGGGACCCAACUCAAAUGGUUCAAGCAAAUGCUUCCAUCUUUGUGCACAACUCCAAUAAGUUGCAAGGACCGCAUGCAAAAUGCCCUUAUUGUAAUGGGAGAAAUAGGAGGAAAUGACUACAAUGUUCCAUUUAUGCAAGACCAUCCUACUAAAGAAGUCAUGGCAUAUGUCCCUGAUGUUAUUAACGUCAUCAGCUCAGCUAUUAAUGAAUUAGUUGAACUUGGAGCUCAAACACUGAUUGUUCCUGGAAAUCUACCCAUUGGAUGUUCAGCAGCCUACCUCACUCAUUUCUCAACUACUAAUAACAAGGAUUAUGAUGCCAAAACCGGAUGUCUUAACUGGCUUAAUGACUUCUCUCGUUACCAUAAUCAGCUCCUUCAGGAUGAACUUGGUCGUCUUCGCCAACUUCAUCCAAAUGCCAAUAUUAUUUAUGCCGAUUAUUACAAUGCAGCAAUGAGAAUUUAUCGGGCACCUAGCAAAUUUGGAUUUAAAAGUACGACAAGUGCAUGUUGUGGUGGAGAAGGUCCAUAUCAUUAUAAUUUCUCUGUUCGGUGUGGACGAGAGGGAUCAACGGUGUGUGGUGACCCUUCGACCUAUGUUAGUUGGGAUGGAAUUCACUUAACAGAGUCUGCUUACUAUGAGAUAGCAAGAGGAUUGCUUGAAGGUCCAUACACAAUUCCACGCCUGAAUGAACUUUUUUCAUUCAAGAAUAGCUUUCGUAUACACAAGGACAAGGAUACGAAAGUGAGAGACUAUUAAGUCUUAUGGGAACAAUGUGUGAAACCUUUAUAUUAUGUUACAUAUACUUUUGUAAUUCAAAUAAUCAGCUCAAAGCUGAUAUUCCUUGUAUAAAGAAGUUUAUUAUUUAUUAGAACUUAGACCAGAGGAUAUUAUGGAGUGAUUCAUAAACGUCUUCUGGCCUUCAUCCAGUUUGUUCAUAAAUGGCUUUAAACC